GUCCGGACAAACGAAAACGAAAAACAAGGAAUAAUAUGCCACUUCCUGGUUCUUGGUUGGAUAGUGAGUGUGCAGAUGCAGAAGCGUAUGCCAAUGCUACCAGGAUCUUGUAUAGUGGGUGCCCUCUGUGUCUAGAAGAAGAUACCUGCAACCUUUGCUUUGAGUUCAAGCUCAACAAGUCGAGGGCUCCAGGUGAUAGGUGGGCCACCAGAAACCCAAAAGACCACGCUCCAAUUUCACCUCCAGAAACACUGUCAGCAAGUCGAAUCCUCUUCAUGGAGAAGAUGGGCCAUGUUUUUGAUAGUGGAUUGGGUGCUAAUAGUAAGAAGAAGAGAAGCAAGACGACCAAUGACAAGAAAGGAACCUGUCAAGGGAAGAAGACUGGUGAGAAGAGGACUGCAGCAGGUGGUCAAAGAUCAAGGACUGCCAAGCACAGACAAGGGAAGAGGAAGGAGUCUAGCAGCGGAGCAGCCGAGAGCAAACAAUCAAGGCUGAACUUCACAGUAGAAGGAUACCCAAGAGAGUCAUCUGAGUACGAGCCUAGUGAGGGCAAGAUAGUGUACAGGCCGCCGGGCUAUGGACAGAGCAAGGAGGACAAGGAUGAUGGCAUCAUAGCUCGCCACUGUGACAUCUGUCACCUCAAACCAUGCCUUGCCACUGCUUGGGACCAGAAGAUUCGUGAUAGCUGCCACAAGCACUUGAUAGCUGACAAGAGAACUAUCAAUUUCACAAAGAAGGCUGUGGAAAAGAUGCUUCAGAAGGAACACUGCAGGCUUUUCAUGAAAAGGUACCGCAUCAAGGAUCCCAUCCCAGUUUGCAUUGUUUCAACCUCGGAACUGAAAGUAGAUGUGUAUGGGAAGAGGAUGCUUGACGAUGAAGCUAACAUGGAAUCAAGCGAUGAAGAUGAAACGGUUGAUGGGGACCUGGAGGAGUUGAAAGUUGACUUGUAUGGUAAUGUGAAACUGUCGUGCAAGGAUGACAGCAGCAACGAUAGCAGCGACGAUGAGUCAGAAUCAGAUGAGAGAGGAGGGAGAAUGCAGAGAGAGGACCAAGUAUAUGAAAUUGUCUUGGACUCCUCCGAUGAGGAGGGCGAUGAAGAGCUGUACCGUCCUGUAUUCCCAAAACAAUCUGAGACGGUAAAGGUGGUCAGAAAACAAACUGAUGCUCCUCCUGCCACAAAAGCAAACAGGGUCUCUAUUGGAAGUGUCAAUAACAAACUGGAGGCUAAGGAAGGCAACAAAGUAGAAAGUCUGUCGUCCUGCUCAUCUGAUGACGAUGAAAUGGAGUUCACCAUGAAGUUUACGUGA